AUGAUCGGAACGGGUGUGAUAGCCGUCCGUCUAUCCAUCACGAUUAUCCUCCUUUUCCGUCAAAUUUCAUCGUCCAUUCAACAAAGCGAGCAAUUGGAUCCAUCCGCAUCUCCGAAUGAUCGAGAUGAGAUUCGUGAUCGUCGUACUUUGAACAGAAUGGGUGUGAUGGCCGUCGGUCUAUUCAUCACGAUUCUCCUCCUUUUCCAUCAAAUUUCAUCGUCCAUUCAACAAAGCGAGCAAUUGGAUCAAUUCACCUCUCCGAAUGAUCGAGAUGAGAUUCGUGAUCGUCGUACUUUGAACAAUAAAAAGGAUUGUCCGGACACCGUUCUCUUGAGAUCUUGUCAAAGAAAUCUGAAUCAAACCGAAUCUAAACUCGUCGAGGCUCGAGCAAAAAUCUGCGGUCUCGAGACGGAAAUUGAAUGUGAACAGAAAGCGGGAAAUGAUGAAUUCACGAAGAUGAACUCGAAAAUCUCUCAAAACGAUGAUCGAUCGACGAAGAUUGGUGCUGAUUUGAAAGCCGAGAUAGAUUCCAAAGUCGCCGAAAUCUCAAGGACCAUCUCCACGAAAAUGGCUCAAAUCGAGGCGAAUUUAAUGGGGAAAAUCGCCGAGACGAAAAGGAAGAACGACGAUCUCGAAGCACAAUUAAGAACUCAAAAUACGGAAGAGAGAGACGGAAAAGCCAAGAGUGGAGAGCUCGAAGGGAAAAUCAACGCGUUGCAGAGCAAGAACUCUGACCUCGAAAUCCAAAUACAAUUUGAAAGAGAAAACAAGAGGGCCGAAAUUGUGAAGUUGUGGGCAGAUUUAAGUUCUCAAAAUACGGAAGUGAGAGACGGAAAAGCCAAGAUUGGAGAGCUCGAAGGGAAAAUCAACGCAUUGGAGAGCAAAAUCUCUGCCUUUGAAACCCAAAUAAAUCGGACGAUCACUUUCUUGGAUCCGGAUGGAUGGUCGUAUUUGGCCAAAACCGCUUCUUGGUACAGGGUUAUCGAUCAAAGAAUUUCAUUUGAUGUGGCCGAGGCAUAUUGUGCGAGUCGAAAGAGCCAUUUAGUCUCAAUUCACAGUCAAGAAGAGCACGAUUUUGUUCAGAAACUCGCGAAAACUGUUGAUUCGGAUCAUUCGUUCUGGAUCGGACUGAAGAGAAAUCCGAACAAAGAAAAUGCUUUUGAAUGGACGGAUGGAAAUUCGGUGGAUUUCACGAAUUGGAAGGUUGGAGAGCCGGAUUCGAACCCCCACGCUGCGCUUCGGAGCCACCAUGGGAAAUGGGUGGCAUAUUCUCCUACCUAUCAGUUUCGCUUUAUCUGCAAAAGGAGCUCUCAAUUC